UUUCACAAUGAUUAUUUUAUAUCGAUAUUCGCGGUGUUUGUAAUGUGUUCGCACGUGAAGUGAUAAACUUUGCUGAGCUUAUUAGCAAUCUAAGAUAUACGCUGGCAAUUUGAAAAUUCUGAUUUUUGACAUCAAUUAUGGAUGAUGAAGAUGAGACCUACAAAUUGUGGCGCAUCAGGAAGACAGUAAUGCAAUUAUGCCACGAUAGAGGUUAUCUAGUCACGCAAGAUGAAUUGGAUCAAAGCUUGGAACAAUUCAAAGAACAAUUUGGCGAUAAACCUAGCGAGAAGAGGCCGGCUAGAAGUGAUCUUAUCGUUUUAGUAGCACACAACGACGAUCCUACCGAUCAAUUGUUCGUCUUUUUUCCCGAUGAGCCAAAAAUUGGUAUCAAAACUAUCAAGACUUACUGUCAGCGUAUGCAGGAAGAGAAGAUUCACAGAGCAAUCAUUGUUGUUCAGCAAGGCAUGACACCCUCAGCUAAGCAGUCUCUAAUCGACAUGGCUCCGAAAUAUAUAUUGGAGCAAUUUUUAGAAUCUGAAUUGCUUAUUAACAUAACGGAACAUGAACUAGUACCGGAGCAUAUUGUUUUAACUCCAGAUGAAAAAGAAGAACUACUGACAAGGUACAAAUUGAAGGAAAAUCAACUAAUGAGGAUUCAAGUUAAUGACCCGGUGGCACGAUACUUUGGUCUGAAACGUGGACAAGUUGUCAAAAUCAUCAGACCUUCAGAGACUGCUGGAAGAUAUAUAUCCUACAGACUCGUUUGUUAAGAAAGAGAACUUUUCGGCGGGACCACCAGUACACCCUGGCAGCCCAUUCGAUAGGUGAGGUUUGUAAAAUAUUGUUUAUCAAAUCCGCCGCG